AUGGCAGAACCUCUUCCAGCUGCGCUCAAAAUCCCUGAAGUCAGUCGCUUCAUCAAUCGCGCAAAUCAGCUGAGGAGCAUCAAGCCCGCCAUCGCAUACUGGUGUGAAUACCAUGCUGUCAACCAAAUCGUGGGAAAGAGCCUGCAUACCACCGACGACGAUACCUUUGAGUUCACAAAGACACUGAUCGAGCGCCUCGAGGCAACAAAGACGGAACGAGCUGAUGAUGAUGCGAUCGUCGAUAACGCUGCGGGACAGGCUUAUGUUGAGCAAUUCGCCCAGCAGACGUUUGAGCGAGCUGAGCGCACGAUGCGCGCUAACAAGGUGACAAGACAAACCGCCGACACAUUCGAUGCUGCUGCGACGUUCUUCGACCUCACCCGCGAAUGGGGCGAGCCUGAUCCCGAAGUCGUCAAGAAGAUCAAAUUCGCCAAAUGGAACGCUGCGCGAAUCCUUAAGGCUAUUCGCGAGGGCAAGGAUCCCAACGAGACGAACCCUAAUGCCCCUGAGCCUGAACCCGAAGUCGCUCUCGACCCCUCCGAUCCUGAGGUCCAACUCCUAUCCGGAGCUCCUCGCGCUUCGGUCGAGGAUGCGCCAGAUGCUGGGGAACCUCCUAGUGUUCCUACAUUCACGGACGCGCCGCCUAGAAUUCCAGAUGAUCCUGGAUACUUCCCUCCCCAACCCGAGCAUCAGCCCCAGGCGCCUGAACCAUUCAUCCCCUCGCCUUUGAGUCAGAGUCCUACGCCAGGUCUAUCCGGUGGUCCUCCUCCUCCUCCACCCGUUGGUCUACCGCCUGCUGUGUCUCCUGUCCCAGAACCCCCAGCACAGCCUGCGACACAGAUCCCUCCUCAACCAUCACCUCAAAUCCCAACCAAGCUUCCCUCACAAUUUGCUCCUCCUCCGCCUGAGCCUUUCACCCCUUCAGCGCCUCCAUCCUGGACAACGACUCCAAGCGCUCCUCACCCUGCUGCUUCAAACCCUCCACCUGUGAUUCGCCAGGCGCCUGCUCCUCAGCCUCCAGCUCCAGCGCCUGUCCAGACGACCGGUUUCACAACAGAUCAAAGGGAUAUCAACCAAGCGCAGAAGCACGCCAAGUGGGCAAUAUCCGCACUCAACUUUGAAGACGUACCCACUGCAGUUCAGGAGCUGCGCAAUGCGCUGAGAAUGCUUGGGGCUCAGUAA